ACCGGAAAGCAAUCAAAAACACAAAUGCGACAUGGCAUAUGGCUGAGCUGCGUUUCGGGCCGCCCAUGUGUGCAGUCUAUCAGUGAGGCCCGUUUGGCAGUGGGAAAGGGCCCCAAUGCUGGCUGCAGAUGAGGAGGUGUCCAACCCUCCCAAUGGCCGGAGGUCGAGACUGGUCAGCAGGUGGACGAUGGAGGAUCAUUAAAAUAGAAAUGAUCCAUUACAUAGAAAAUGGAAGCAAAAUCCAUGUUGAGGAUGGAAGCAACAUUCCAAAAAUAGUGACCUGUCCAAGACCACCUGUUCAAUUACGCACAAGAAAACCGGUCCGUUUCACACAUGUUGUGCAUGACAGUGGUGCAAAGAGUGCGGGAACUGCUACAUUUGCCACGACUGCUACCGAGUACAGAAGCAUACUGGCUUUUCGUGGGGUGAAUGUUUUGUACGUGUUCCUUGUAUCGACUGUAUCGGCAAGAUUGGACCUCAAGAGGGCACAGGAACCAUCUAAUUUUCAUCCUAAGGAGAACACAUCUCGCACCGAAACACAUUUAUUUUCCAUGUUCUUGUUCUUUUCAGAGAUUCCAAGUGUGGAACAGCGUGGGCCACGAGCGUCCGAGGUGGGUCACACCGCUUAUGGGCACGCUGCUGGUGCACGCGUUGUGCGCCGUGCCGUUGCCUCGCGCUUGGGUGCCGGGCACACCGAGGCCCGGACGCCCCAGAGUGCCACGAGAAGUGCAGCGCGUGCCUUUGCGCGUGACGCUGCGGGAGGUCACACAUGUGCCCAGCAGGCCGCUGAAGACACGGGUGAAGCAGACCAUCUCCGCAGGUAGAAGGCUCAAGAAGAUUGAGAACUUGAUGGAUAUGGCCGAAAGCAUGUUGGAAGUGAAGAUUGAAGAGGCGAGGUCUGGAGGAGCAGAGCUCCCAAAGAAGCGGAAGCGGCGGCCGAAGUUCACGAAGUGGGCUCAGAAGACACCCAGUGAUGAGUAUGAAGGUGCUUAUGGAGAGAUCACUGAACUUGGUGGACAGAUUGCCAGAUGGCUUCCAGAUGUGCUCAUGGGAGAUGGCAUUUGGAAGGAGCCACUGGUGUCAGAUGACUUGGCGAUGCUCUUCGAUGCUUUCAGCCCUGACCUGGAGACCGAACUGGCGCCCGUGGUGGUCUAUGCUUUGCAGAAAGCGCUCAAGAAGGCGCCCCUUCCAGAGGUCACCAUCAUCUUGGAGGCCAUGGCCACGGCACGGCACAGCUACGAUGAGGCCUACAAGGAGCUGGGCCAGUGGGGCUCACAGCUGUGCCUGGAUGCUGAUGACGAUGAGGUGGCAGAGUUUGGCUUUGCGCUGGCACGCGCGACGCAGCGGAUCCCGAAGCAGUGCCAACUGAUGCUUAAGGAAGGCCUCCAAGUGCACCUGACCCAACUUCCUGGAGGCAAAGUGCGUUUGAUGGCCUGGGCGGCCGAGGAGGCCGGUGCCAAGCUGCAACUGUGGGGCGAGCCGCCCAAAGAGGUGGAGCCUGACCUAGCUGAGCACAUUUGGAACACCUGCUCCACGCUGGCGAGUAGCUCCGAUAGUCGGACGAGAAACGCCCGACUGCGCGCGGGCUGGCCAUUGCCCAUCGUAGAGGUCUCAUCGAUCCUGACCUCAGAGCAGUUGGAGUCGCUGAUAACCUUGGCAAACACGCAGGACUUGUGGCGUCCCUCCGCCCGGCGUGGUGCCGAUCACCCGGAGGCCGGACAAGCUCUGCCGGGCGUCCCCUGGACGGCGCUGCUGUCCGCGCCCGAGCGGCGGACAGCGCCGGCCGCGGAGGCGAUGAGGCGCUGGGUGGCGGAGGCCUUCGGGGCACCGAAGGAACAUGUGGAAGCGGUGCGGUUGAUCAGAUACCGGCAGGGAGAAGCUGCCAGCGUUGCGCGUAGUGAUGCCAGGCCGCCAGAAGAUACCAGCCUUUGGUUGAGUGGGCAGCGCUUAGCGGUUGUGAUGCUGCAGCUCAACCAGCCAAACGCUGUCCCUGGAGAUGGCUUGACGGACUUCCCCAACUUAGAGGAAGGCCGUGGCCUGCAGCUCUCACUAACCCGUGGCAGUGCCUUGAUUUGGCCCACGGUGAACCAGGACGGAACCCCCACCGAGCUCGCCCAGCGACGGGCCUUGCCCCUGAAAACGCCCGGCCAGGUAAAAUAUCUCGCCCUCACUUGGCUUCGCGUCGGCCCCGCACCCGGUGAGUCCGGGGGUGCACCUGCGUGACGAGAAAA